GUCCGGCGUUGGCCGCUGCAGACGCCGGCCUGGCCGCACUCUGCAGCGCUGCCGCGACCCAAGCGCACGCGCUCCAAUCAUAUAUGUUCGUGCUUCCUUUUUAUUACCGAUCGUUACCAAACAAAAGCAACAAAACUGACGAUAGCUCUGUUUCUAUUUUACAGGUCCAAAAUGUACCGCGAGGACCUAAUCUUUGAGGAUGCCGCGCUUGAUGAUCAGCCGCUGUUUGAAUACUCUCCAGCAGAGAGCUUGAUAAACUUCGAGCUACCAACAUCGGUCACCGCCGAAGUAGACGAUUGGCAGAUUAGUGAUUUAGAGUUUAAUUGUGACGCGUUUCUCGGUAGUGUUUGCGAAAGAACGAGAGACGGUUCCGAGGACGAUUCGCCUGUGCUCUUCGAUUUUGCGGAUUUCGACAAGAAUGUGAAUUUUGACGAUUAUUUAUUAGAUGCGUUAAGUUGUGAUCAUUCCGAGGACAGGCUACAAUUGGGGUCCGAUUCCACGGACAGCUGCGACGACCCGGGUCAAGGCGCGCUGUCCGUGCUCGGCAUCGACUUGGAGUUGAUAUGUGCGGAGAGCUCUCACACCGCGGCCGAGCCGAUGAGUGAAACGAAUGCGAAAGAAUGUUAUCCGGCGGAGAGUGUACCAAAAUCUCGAUCGUGGGGUGAGCCCACGUUUUGUCCGGAGCUUGGCGCUUUCCGGUGUCCGGUCGGAGAAUGCGGCAAGCUAUACGCCAAGGCGUCGCACGUGAGGGCGCACCUGCGGAGGCACAGCGGCGAGAAGCCGUACAAGUGCACGUGGGGCGGUUGCAGCUGGCGAUUCGCGCGGUCAGAUGAGCUGGCGCGGCACCGGCGCAGCCACUCCGGUGACAAGCCCUACCGCUGCUCCGAAUGCAGCAAGCGGUUCGCGCGCUCCGACCACCUUGCCAAGCACGGCCGCGUGCAUGCUCGCCGCGCAGCCGCCAGCGCAAGCGCCGCGCUCCCGAAACGCUCCUCCCCCGCAUACAGAACAAGACGCUACUUGUGAAAAAUACUAAUAAGGAUUAAAAUCUGAUUGUAUUGGGUAGUUAUAGAUCAUGCUGAAAUGUUGUUAUUUUUUUGAUGAAGUAAGUUAUAAUUAAAACCGCGCGGGCGCGGUUAUAAGCUUUUAGUUAAGUGUUAUUAUUAGUUUUAAAUGUAAUGUUUAAUAUCUAACUAGUUUUAAUUCAGCCAUA